AUGUGGGGGUCCUCCUGCGGCCCAGCCGCACCACUGGACCUGGAGUUCCCAAAUUUUGAAGAAACGAGCCUCCACCCAACGAACUACCACCACCUUUACUAUAAGAAACGUUCGAACCUAGCAAGCGACUUCCGGAAUAAAGGGCUGGAAAAACAACAACAGAAGAACUUGAUUGCCGAGAGAUUUCCACAUCUCAUCGAUUCUUCAUCCAUGGCACUUGAUUCGUCUCUCAACACCUCCACCUCUCAUAGAAAACACCACCGUUCAACCUCAGAGGCAGACAAGAAUCGGUCUCGAAAUAGCUCGCCCAAACCAGAAAGCCAUUCGUCCAAGAAAGUCAAGCUUAAAUCUGACCAAAACAUCGACCUACCCAUCCCCAAGAAAACCCACGAAGCUCCCAAGGAGUCAGAUUCAGAUUCAUCUUCGGAUUCAGAUACCGAGAAGCAGAUAAUGCAGGACAUCAACCCUGCGGAAAAUGACUCGGAAUCCGGUUGGACGACCGUCAGGAAUCAGAAGAAAAUCAGCCAAACUCAUCUCCCAGAAAACGAAAGCCCAUUAACGAAAUCUAAGCUGAAGAAGCAAGAAAAAUUAAGACAAAAAACCCUCGUCAAUCCCGCCGAAUUUCAUUUUGAUACUCGUGGAUUUCGCCAUGGAAGAAUGAUCCAACUGAAAGACGUUAGAGAUUUGGUCCUAAGUAUUAUGGCGGAUGAGCGGAAUCAAGAAUGGAUGUUAGUCAAGAACAAAAGUAGUGUCAAAAAAAUGGUAGUUCUCAUGAUACCGGGGAUCACAAAUGAACUGCUAGGGAUUCCCAAGCCUAGCAGCCCGUCAAUCAUGCCUUUUCCACUUGCCAGCAACAAAUCUCAACUACCAAUCCUCCAAUCCCUGUUUAGUCAUGCUUGUCCAACCAAGGCUGGAGGCGACCGACUCAGAAUGUUUAGCUGCUUCAACGUCUUCCUGACUUGUCCUUUAUCUGCCAUGGCCAAAGUCAAACGUGAUGAGGAACGGAAGAAAAGUUCCAGGGACGCAGUGUCGAUGGACCCAACAACAUACCUUCUCUCUACGGAACAAAUGGUCGAACAAGAUUAUCCUUCUCUUCAUUACCAACCCCCUAUUUCGACGCUAGACCGGCGACAAGCAAGAGCCAAACAACCCCUUGCGGUACAUUCAAACCCAUCAACACCUCGGCCACCAUUCGAAGCAUGGCUCACACACCCGGAGCCCGGCUUUGUCCAAACCCCACUAUACCCUGAUUCGUCUCUUGGAAGACCGCUGAAAAUCCUGGGAGUUGAUUGCGAAAUGUGUGUGACGGCAUCAGGAAGUGAAUUGACUCGAGUGACGAUUGUUGACUCGAACGAGCAACUGGUGUACGAUCAAUUGGUCCUACCAGACUUACCAAUCACCGAUUAUCUCACGCGCUUCAGUGGGAUCACCGAGGAAAGAUUGAAAGGGAUCACCACUCGCUUGAUCGAUGUGCAAAAGAAAUUGGCCGAAUUGAUCGAUUUCAAUACCGUUCUUGUUGGCCAUUCGCUGGAUUGCGAUUUGAAAGCUUUGAAGAUUGCGCAUCCAUGGGUCAUCGAUACCAGUGUGAUUUACCAACAUCCACGCGGUUUACCGAUGAAACCGUCCCUGAAAUGGUUGGCCUCUAAAUGGCUAGGCCGAGAGAUACAAUCCAAUGGAUUGCCGAAUGGCGGACAUGAUUCCGAAGAAGACGCUCGAACGGCUGUCCAACUUCUAAAGAAAAAGAUGGAGAAGGGCUUGGGUUUUGGCGAAUUUACUUCGGAUACCGAGUCGAUCUUCGAGAGAAUAGCCCGUGGGAAUCUUCCUAAACGAUCUGCUUUGGUCGACUUUGGCACCCCGUCCUCUUCCUCUAAUUCUUCCGGCGAUGGUCAGAAAGUUCAUAAUCUGGUCGUCAAAAACAAUUGGAAAGACGUCGACUCGUUCACUUUUGCUUCUGAUAGUGAAGUUGCCGAUGGAAUCAUUUCAGCUUUGCAUGACCAUGAUUUCGUGUUUGGUCGCUUUAUGGAACUAUCUCAUUCUCUUGGCUGGUCGCAACCCCAAGGUGCAAAGAAAGAAGCCCAAGAAAACGGAAAUGAGGAUACUGUUCAGGACGAAGAGGAUUCAGAGGAUGGGGACGAGAAAAAAGAAGAAAGACACAAGAAGGUGUGCGACAGCUUAGAUCAGACGAUUAGUAAGUUGAACGAGCGGCUACCGAGAGGCACAUCUUUUAUCAUCAUCAACGGACAUUCCGAUCCCCGAACGAUGGCUCAACUAAACGGCAAAAAGAACCGAUUCGAACGCUCUCUUAAGAAACAAACAACGCUAAAUAACCAUUAUCAUCAUCAGAACAACCUCAGCAGUGUUUCCUCUACUCUUGUUAAUCUUGCUCAGCCCCCUCUGAACGGCGGAAACAAGGAUUCUCAAACGGAUGAGCGUAGUGGUGAUGUGGCUCAGGACAAGACUUCGGCCGAAGAAGACAAAUGGACAAGUCAGGACGAAAGGGACUUGGCUGAUGCAGUCGAAAAAUGUAAAAUCGGCAUGUCCUUUUAUAGAAUUAAGUAG